AUGUCGGUACCGUUGCCUGCGCGCAAUGGUCCGUGGCAGCCUGUACUGGCCCUUCCGGGCGCGGUGCACAUCGUGCAGUGCUGUACUGCGCCGCUUGCGAAAAACUUGGUAGCAAUUGCGACCGACCAAAGCGUGUAUGCCUACGCAAUCCACACAAACGACGCGCAUCUUCAGCUGGCGCCUGUAGCGUCGUUCUUCUUGGGCGCUGCCGUGUAUGCGCUGGCAUGGAGUCCCGGCGCCCAGUAUCCAAACGCAGAGGGCGAGGGCGUGUGCAGAGUCGAAUUGCUCGUUGCGACAGCUGACAAACAACUGCGCCUCUUGCGGCACGAUGCUGUGCAUGGCACAGAGAUGAGUGUGCUUGCACAGUCGCAAACGCCCAUUCAUGAUCUUGACUGGUGUGCGACGCCGGGAUACGAGCAAUACGUCGCUGCAGCGGGUGGUGCGUACGCUACAAAUCUCACCACAGACGACGGCAGUUUGCAGAUUUGGGAUCUCGAGCCGGAGCACGGUGUGCCAGAAUGCCAUACAAUGCGUCUCGGUGCAUCGAUCUUGUCCGUGUCUUUCCAUGCCAAGGUACCGAAACUGUUGCUUGCCGUCGAUGCCAGCGGCGUGGGCCGCUUAAUCGAUUGGCUUGCCUCGAUUUCCCCAGAGUGUGACGAUGUGCAGACCGCAGUGACAUUCUCUGAUCCAUCUGCACUUGCUGCAAAUGUGACGCAAGGGAUCUGUGCGAUGGGUGGCGCGGCGUGGCAGCCGCAUGAUCCAGACGUGGUUGGAGCGCUGCUGGGGACGCGGUGGUGUGUGUGGAACUUGGCGAGCCAUACAACGAAUCCGACCAGGCCAAGUGCACAUGGCGCCUUCCAAAGUGGCCCGAUGCCGAGCGGCGGUGGAAUCAGGUUCUGCCCGACCAAUGCGCGCCUCUUUGCACUCCAUAUCCCUGCCGCCGUGCAGAUAUUCGACGCUUCCUUCCCUACAAGCCCACGUGCGAUUGACGUGCACGAUCAGGCGCCAUUUCGCGGCUCGCGUUCCGUAGAUCUGCAUGCGGACAGCACAAGCGCUCGGUCCGUGCGCCAGGCAUGCACCGUUGGCGAUGUGGAUUGGGCACCCUUCCGUGUCGGCGGCUAUGAUGUGCUAUUUGUUGCGGUGGGUCGACAGGUGCUUGUGGUGCCUGCGUCGUAG